CGCCACCAUUUUUGAAUUUCGCGGCAAAGGACUGGUCUGUGGCGUUGCUCGUUUUGGCCUUUCCCCUUCGUUCUCCUCUUGCUGUGUUUGCUGUGCGAACGUUGUGUGUGUGGUUGAGAGUGUUGACGUGGAACCGCCUGAAGCAAGCAAGCAAGCAAGCAAGCAAGCGAGCAACGAGUCAGCAAGCAAGCAAGCAAGCACGCAAGGACUUGUGCAGCCAUUUCCUUCGUUCGUCGUACCCGUUCUCCACACUCCUCCAGACACACCAGCCACACCUCUUCCAUCCUCCUGCUCCUGCUCCGCACACACUCCCAGCUGCCAGACAGCCAGCCGACCUCCUCUACUCAUCCUCCCCAACCCGCCUCAACUUCAACUUGUUGGACUGUGACUGCGCCCGCUUCGUUCGACCGCCACCAUGUCGUACAUGCUGACGCAUCUCAAGAACGGAUGGCAGGUCGACCAAGCCAUCAUGGCGGAGGAAGACCGGGUGGUCAUCAUCCGCUUUGGACACGACUGGGACCCCGACUGCAUGAAGACGGACGAGUGCCUGUUCAAGAUUUCAGAGAAGGUCAAGAACUUUGCGGUCAUCUACCUUGUCGACAUCACCAAGGUUCCCGACUUCAACUCCAUGUACGAGUUGUAUGACCCUUGCACGUUGAUGUUCUUCUUCCGGAACAAGCACAUCAUGAUUGAUCUGGGCACGGGUAACAACAACAAGAUCAACUGGGCCUUUACAGACGAGCAAGAACUCAUCGACAUCGUGGAGACGGUGUACAGAGGAGCACGAAAGGGCCGAGGUCUCGUCGUGUCGCCAAAGGACUAUUCGACCAAGUACCGCUACUAGCUCCUCAUUGCUCCCCAGCUUCGCUUGGUGUGUGUGUGUGUGGGUGUGUGGAUGUGUGGGUGUGUGGAUGUGUGGAUGUGUGGGUGUGUGGGUGUGUGGGUGCUUGUUGUGUGCACCGGUCCCUCUCCUCCUUCCUUCCCCUCUUUCUCUCUUUGUACAAGGUUCCUUUCCUCCCCCCUCCUCUUUCAUCUCUGUUCUCGCAUUCGCCCUGUCCGCCUGCGCGAUGUGCGCGCACGUGUGUUCAUGCGAGUUUCAAUCGCGUAAAUGUCAUUGACUGAGAGCAAGCAGAUCCC